UUGUUGACUCAAUAAUUGAAUACUUGAGAAGUUUUGCCUAAUUGUAUCCAUGCAGCCACCAAUGGCGGUCAUGCACCCCUCUGCGGGAAGUGGGGCUCCAAUGAUGUCUCACCACCCGCACCACGUGUCUGUGAAUCCAUACCACCACGUAGGCAAUCCCAAUAGGGCGCCAUUGGCUAGAGGGUUGGCUGCUCCCGGACACCCCCACAUGGCAGUGACCGGUCCCUAUCACCAUAUGCCACCCCAAAUGCACCAUCACCCGACUGCUGGAGGGAAGGGUUCCAGAGGGUCUUCGGGAAUGUCGCAGCACCACCAGUCAUCAAGCGGAUCGCAUCAUCCAUCCUCAGUCGCUGGCGGAGGAGGCGGAUCAUCCUCGGCUAUUAGUGCGGCCAGCCAGGCCAUGAUGAUGGCUGGUGGAGGUAUGGCCCACCUGGCCGGUGCUGGAGGGUCGGCCGUGUUAAGUGGAAGUGAGUUGAAACCACCCAAAAAGCCAGAGAAGCCGCAGUCGGCCUACAUGCGCUACAACAAGAGCAUCCACGAGAAGAUCAAAGCAGACAAUCCACAGUUGAAAAUGUGGGAUGUUGCCAAGAUCAUUGGUCAGAUGUGGAGGGAGUUGCCAGACAACGAGAGACAGGUGCUGAACGAGGAGUAUGAGAUAGACAAGGCACGAUACAACGAGGAGUUGAAAGCGUACUAUAAUUCGCCUGCAUAUCAGACGUACUUGCAGCUGAAGAACAGAGAGAAACAGCUGCAGGAACAGCACAAUGCCUCUCAGUCAGCCGACUCCAGGUCACUGUUGAACGAAUCCAAAAUGACCAUCACUCCUGCUAUCGAUGACGAGGAUUUGGAUGAAGACGGGUUUGGACUGAAGCACUUGGCAGCUGCUCGCUACAGGAGGAACAACAGACUCAUCCUCGAUGUGUUCAGUGACUUCCACGUCAACCCCAGAGACACCAGCCAGACCAUAGUGACAGUGGACCGACUGAAGGCACUGCAGAGCCAAGUGGACUCCCUCAUUGAACACGAAAACGAACGGAUUGACGAGCUAGUGGAGAUGGAGAAGAAGCACGAGGAGAGAAAGCGGAAGAUGGAGGAGAGCAGAGAGAAGUUCGAAGCGGAGUGGGACAGACUGAGUGCGAAGAGGUUCAACUGGAUGACAACCACUGAGGCCGAACUGAAGGAGAUCAAGGCAUGGUUCAAACAGACCUACGGGAUGGAUACUGGUAGCACUACUAGUGCUGACACCACUGAAGACACCAGUGCUUCCAAUGAGGAAAAAGGGGAAGCAGCAGAAGACGAACAACAGCAAUGUCCGCAGCAGCAACCGGAACAAACGAUGAGCGAUGAUAACAGUAAAUUAGGUGAAGAAGAUUCUCGGACAGAUGUCGAUAAUAAGAAUACUCCCCCUGAGUUGAUCAGUCAAGAAGAUCAAGCUGAUUCAAAUAGCAAUACUGCUGCUGUAGAUGCUAGUAAUACAGUUGAACAAACCCAAACCAGCAACACAGUUGAACAAACCAGCAAUACAGUUGAACAUACCAGCAAUACAGUUGAAGAUACCAGCAAUACAAGUGAACAAACCAGUAAUGCUGUUGAACAAGCCAGUAAUGUAGUUGAACGAAAUAGCAAUACAGUUGAACAGGAUAGCGCAUACGAAACACUAACUGUCUCAGACAGUCAAUCUCAUAGUGCAAUGAAAAUAGAACAACAGUGGGGUAGUGAUUGCGAGACCAAAUCAAGCGAUCAUGAUCAUGAAGUACAAGAAGAAACAUCAGAUACAAAAUCCGAAGAUGCAGUUAAAGAGGUUAAAGAGGAAAAAACACCAGCCAAAGAUGACUCGCGUCAAGAAGAAAAUACUGAGCAAUGGGCACAGCAGCACUGUGAAGCUGAAGAGCCACAAACACUGCAAGAUCCAUCUGAUCCAAUUGAAGAUACAUCAAUUGAAUCGUCAGAAUCGACUUCAGAAUUGGCAGAAUCUACGGUGACGAUAGAAGCGAACGAUUUUAGACGCGAAUCGGUAACAGAGGAAGAACCACCUGUCAUUUCAAUCUCUGAAACAAAGGAAUGUGAAGAAAAGGGAGAUGCGGCAAGUACUGGCCCUAAGACCCCAGAAAUCAUAAAUGAGAAGAGUGUUCCUCUAGAGGUAAGUUUGGCCCCGCAACAGCCAUCUGAAACUGGGGACGAGGGAACUGACGAAGGUGACUCGACUGAUGUUGCGCCUACCUCGGAAGAAGACGAAGAGCCACAGAGGCAGAGCUCAGAAGGUUCAUCGACUACCGAGCACGCCGAUGCAUGAACUCUAAAAUUGUCGCAUAUUAUGUUGUCUGAAUCUUAUUAGCCGUUGAUGGACUAGUCUUCUUGUGUUUGUAUUAGUUUCUAUGGUUUUAAUUUAUUAUCUCGAGUG